AUGGCGUUGCCGCCUGCGACUCUGCAGAGCCCGGCGGUCCCGGACGGCCAACAGCACUUGGGUUGCAGCGGCGGCAGCGGCCAUCUGAGCGUCGCCGCCCUGGACCAGUCGCGAACGCCGCUGUACUCUGCUGAGCGACGGGCAAGCUUAUGCGACGAGAGCGGUGCACUCGCUGCUGUCUCCUUGUCCGCCGACGCGUCGCGACCGACGGCGGCAAACUUUGUGAAGGGCGAACUCAUUGGGAAAGGCAGCUACGGCGCUGUCUACCGGGGGAUGCAGCGCAGCAACAACAGAAUUAUAGCAAUGAAAGAGAUUCGGCUGCCUGGCGUAGUAGAGCAGCAGCUGCGGCAGUCUGAAAAGCUAGCGGCUACGGCGGCGUCACCUGCGGGUGUGUCGUCUCCGGUGCUCCCGGCGUCGAAUUCGGUCAAGGGAGAGAGUGCAUUGGCGAAGGAGGUGGCGGCUAUCAAACGUGAGCUGACGCUUCUCAAGCAGCUGAACCACCCCAACAUUGUCCGCUACCUGAACGACGAGGUUGUCGACGGCACGCUGCGCAUAUACAUGGACUACGUCUCGGGCGGCAGCGUCACGGCUGCGCUCAAGUCGUAUGGCAGCUUCGAGGAGCCGCAGGCAGCCGCGCUGUGUUUUCAGCUGCUGCAGGGACUCGUCUACAUGCACCGCCGCGGCAUCAUCCACCGUGAUUUGAAAGGUGACAACUUGCUUUUGGAGACGUCGAGUCAGCUCAAAAUUGCGGACCUGGGCACCGCCAAGAGCAUCUUCUCGUCGGCGACGAUGACGACAAGUAUCGUCGGAACGGCGUACUUUAUGGCUCCGGAGGUACUGCAGCCGAGCGGCGCCGCGGUUGGGACGGCGGCGGAUAUCUGGUCCGUUGGCUGCUGCUUGAUAGAGAUGAUGACGGGCAAGCCACCGCUUUCUGACUUGCCGAAUCAGUUCACGGUGAUGAUGGCGAUUGGUGGCUCGGCCACGGUGCCGCUCGACAAGUACAUUCCAGCUGACAACACGUGGUCCGAUGAGGUGCUGGACUUUAUAUCGCAAUGCCUGCGCGCAAACCCGGCACAGAGGCCCACGGCGGUGGACCUGCUGCAGCACAGCUGGUUCGCAAAGUUUCUGAACGUGAUGCACGCGCCGUCGAUGUCGACGCCGGCGACGUUGGACUCCAUGCUGACCCCCACGGCCCCGCCUAUUGAGCGCCCUUUCACCUUGUCACCGCAGCGGCAAAUGGUGUCCCCGAUAUGCUCGCCUAACUUGACUGCGGCGCUCACGCCAGGCUACGCCGGGCCACAGUAUAGCUCUGGCCAACCGGAAAGCAGUGCCAGCAGCCACACCAGCAGGGAGCGCAAAGGAAAGCGGGACAAGCGGGUCUCGGCGCGGCGCCACGCACGCUACUCGACCAGCGGCGCCACGAGCGCGACAUCGCGCCGCUCACAAGAGAGUUCGCAGGCGAGCACGCCGCAGUACAGCAGCGGCACUCGUACGCGCGACGGAUCAGCGCAGAGCGCUUCCUUGCCGCGGUCGCACAGCCAUCCGGGGAGGCAGCAGGGCCCUAGCUCGAAGCGCAGGGCCCACGCGCACAUUGUGGGCCACGGGCUCCCCAGGGACGACUCUCGGCAAAGCUUCAGCAGCGAGCAGGCGAUGCCGCAGCACACGUGCACCCCCGGUAGCGGCGGCGCCGGCGACGGCAGCGGGGAAAACAAAACCAAAACUGCGUUCCUCCCCGCCAUCACGCACAACGGAAGCGUAGCACCGUCGCCGUGCGGCUACUCCCUCGACGUAUCGCGUUGCAGCCGAUCGCUGAAGAACAGCGGCAGUUCGCGAGAGCCGACGAAGGCUUGCUUGUACACCACCGAUACGGAGAACAAGAGUUGA